AACUCUAAAGGGUUUAUAGGUUUCCCUUUCAGUCCCUCUUUCGUUCACCCUCCUACUUUUGGGCACUAAGGUGUUUUGACUAUGGGACCGUUAUUGUGUCCAGCAGCUUCAUAGUAGAACUCAAAUCCAGACUUUGAAAUGCCUUCUUUUCAUCCACCUGAUUGUGGAUAGUAGAGGAAGCGUUAGGCCCAAUUCAUUACAAGACAAAUCAGUCGUCUGGCGUUUUGCGGCAUAGUAAUGUUUGUUUGGAUCAAAGAGCAAAUCCAGUGGUUACUAGACUUUGAGUUUCUCAAAUAGCUUAGGUGCUCCUCGUUUUUAUGGCAUUAUUUCUCUUGCAUGGUGUUCUGGGUGCUCAUGCUGAGUGACCUGCAUGCAUAUCAAAAUCCUCUUAUAAUGCUAAUCUUUGUCCUACAUCUUUCCUUUCUCUCGGCCUAUAUGAAAUGCUUCUGUGCUUAGGCUAAUCAUUUGGAGAUCAGGGACAUAGGCUAGCCCUAUUGCUUUACCUUCGCACACACACUCUCAUGUCACACUUCACUGACCCAAUGUAUUUAGGCCUAGCAUAGAUUUAUCAAAGACAGGCCUACCUUUUUAAAGGGUGAUUUUACAUGUUUGAAGAACCUCAAUUGAUUGAUAUAAAAUUGAAUUUUUGGGGUCAAAAUUAGACAUUUUGGAACAUUAGCAUGAUCUCUCUUUAAACGGUAUCUGUGACAUUGCAUGAAAAAUGUCUGUAUGAAGCUGAUCACUGCUUUUUGUCUGGGGCUCACUUACUGUUACUUCUGUCUCACUUCAUCUCACCUCUCCCUCUCUCCUCAUUGGACUUCGCUGGGGUCUGCCAAUCACAUUAGGAGCUUGAUGAGUUGGCUGAUGACCGCAUGGCCCUGGUCUCCGGGAUACGUUUGGACCCAGAAGCUGCCAUCGGAGUCACCAAGAGACUGCCGCCUAAGUGGGUAGAUGGGGUAGAUGAGAUUCAGUAUGAAAUCACACGGGUCCGGCAGAAAAUGAAGGAGCUGGCCGCCCUCCAUGAUAAGCACAUGAACCGUCCCACCCUGGAUGACAGCAGUGAAGAAGAGCAUGCCAUAGAGAUCACUACUCAGGAGAUCACACAGAUGUUCCACAGGUGUCAGCGUGCGGUGACAGGUCUGCAAUCUCGCUGUGGCCACUGCACAGAGCAGGAGGAGAGGCUUCUGAGAAAUGUGGUGUCCUCGUUGGCAGGGAGCCUGCAGGAGCUGUCCACCAACUUCAGACACACACAGUCCAGUUACCUGAAACGCAUGAAGAAUCGCGAGGAGAGAUCAAAGCACUUUUUUGACUCCGGUCCUCUAAUGGAGGAUGAAGACGUAGCACUAUAUGACAGGGGGUUUACAGGUGACCAGCAGGUCCUGGUAGAGCAGAACACAGUGAUGGUGGAGGAACGUGAGAGAGAGGUCAGACAGAUAGUCCAGUCCAUCUCUGACCUGAAUGAGAUUUUCCGAGACCUGGCUGGAAUGGUGGUGGAACAGGGCACAGUACUUGACAGAAUUGACUUCAAUGUGGAGCAAUCGUGUGUCAAAACAGAAGAGGGGUUGAAACAGUUACAAAAGGCUGAACAGUAUCAGAAGAAAAACCGAAAGAUGCUGGUCAUUUUAAUCCUUACUGUUAUAGUUGUCGUUCUAAUACUUAUUCUAUUUGGGACCAAGUUCUAGUGAUGCAUUCCUUUGCUUUUGGUUUGUUGUGUGUGCUUGUAUGAGGGUCUUAUCUGUACUUCAAAUGAUGCGGACUACCUGUCCAACUUUUCAAUCAACAUCUGAAGAAUCACCCUUCCAGAAUCUCGCGCUGUACGACUCAUGGAGAUGUUGAAUGCAUGAUUCCUAAGAGAGGACAGCCAGGGAGAGUUCCUAUUUAACUUUGGAACAUUCCUGCACACACCCACUGUCUGCUCCAAUACACUCUUGAACAUGACCAUAUCCAUGUGUCAUGGUACUGCUACAAAGAAACACAGAAAAAACACUUCAUCAAUUCCCUUGUGGUCGACUACUGAUUAAUUGUCAUGGCCAUAUAAUUUGCUUGUUUUUGGAGAAAAUAAGUGUUUUUUUGUGAGUUAGCAUCAUCUGUCCAGUUUUAGUGUAAGCUCUAGUUGUAAGUUCUGCUCUUCCAUGUAUGUUAUUCCAAGAGAAGAAGUCUGACAAUUCAGCUACUGCACAGAUGAAUACUGAAUGUCUAUGAGCGAGGAGCAUUUGUCUCGUGGUGUUGCUUUUACGGACCCUGGUCAGUGCAUACAUUUCAUUUGUUGAGCAUUUGUUUCAUUUUCUGCUUUUUCAUGUUUCCUUUUUCAAAGAGGGAGAAAUUACAAUGGUUUUUGUGUCGCUCAGUGGCUGAAGAACUACAAUACUGAUUGAUUGAAUACCAAUAGUUCUGUUUGGAUUCACACCAUCCUAAAUGAAUGUCUCUGGACCAACAGCAGUGUCGUUCAUGAUGGUGCAUAUUUAGAUCACAUGAUGGCUUUCUCUUGUUUUAUGACCCUUUCUAUUGUUCGGUAUCACUAAUUGAUACAUCAGUUGAGUUUAUACCUCUCACAGUUUGCACAUAUCGAAAGACUGAUUGGUUUCAUGUCUGUCAAACUACUGUCUCCUGUAUAUUAUGAAAUUAUUUAUUUUGAAUUUAAAUUCUAUAAAAGGUCAAAGGAUUUUGUCUAAUAUGGCAAAGAUGUAUUGAAUAGCCUAAAUUGUGUCUGUGGCGGCCUGUGUUGGAAUGAACGAUGUGUUGCAAGCUUUUGCACUCAGAAAUUACUUUGCCGAUUCCGCUACAAAAUCAACACUACUCUACAGUUAAUUAUGAAGAAUGGUCCUGUUUUUUGGAAAGAUGUGACCCAUUUCAUGUUAAAUUAUGAAUAGAAUUCAAAGUGUA